GGGGGCCACGGCCUACCUACAAAGCCCAUGACUGCAAAUCUGCAAUUCUGCAAAUCAUUUUGGUUCGGAUUAGCUACGAAUGAAAUGAAAUCCACAAAACAAAAACAAUAUCCGUUGUCAUUAUAAUUUAUAAAGCAGUUCUUUCUCGACCCUCUCCUUUUUCGCAAUGUCAUCAAUACUGCUUCAAGCUCCCGUCCACUUCUCACCUCUCAACUCCAUACCCUCGGAUUUCCCCGCCAAACCCGCCUCCUCCAUCUCUCCGCCGUGUUUAAAGGUUGUCGCUUUUGAUCGAAAGAGGCUCAGAUUAGAACCCUGCAGGGGAACAAGGGGUUUUCUCGAACUGGGUACAUGCAAAGAUGGGAUUUUUGUGAAAGAUGGAAGAGGGAGAAAGAAUAGCGAUAGAGUGGUUCUGGUGAGGUUUAACCAAGGUUUCGGCGGCGGCGGCGGGGGAAGUGGUGGCGGCGGCGGAGAUAAUGGCGGCACUGCCAGGAUUCUGGGUAAUCUUGCUUUGGCUAUUGGGCUGACUUAUCUUUCAAUGACUGGCCAGUUUGGUCGCGUCUUCGAUGCUGUUGGCUGGGUUCUCGAUGCCGUGAUUUCUCUUUGGCUAAUUGCAGUGAUUCUACCAAUUGUGGGGGUUGGGGCUUUCCUAUGGUGGGCUGGAAGGGAUAUGCUUCAGAGCUCUUGCCCAACUUGUGGAAACGAGUUUCAGGUUUUCAAAUCAACACUGAAAGAUGAGCCGCAGAUGUGCCCCUUUUGCAGUCAACCAUUUUCAGUGGAAAAUGACAAGUUUGUGAGAGAUUCUGUUAAGUCCUCGAACGAAUCCACAUUCUUCGGAGAAGCCUUCAGCAACUUCUAUUCGGGUUCUGAUAAAGGAGGGAAGGAUUCAUCUUCCUCUGCAGUUGUUGACAUCGAAGCAGAAGUAAAAGACGCAGACUGA